CAUAUCAUUUCCCAGAGUGCACCUGGUCUCCUGCAGCGAGCUAGCUAGCUACAGUAGUUAUGCUCUGCUUAUUAACACUUGCAUAACACGUAUAAACAUAGUUUUAUUUGUCUUGUUUCUUUUUAAAUACAGCUAAAUGCUCGUCAGUUGUCGGUUCCGGCUUUGCUCUUUGUGUAGCCGUGUAGUUCACAGCAGCGGUGGAGGAAUUAGAGGAUGGAGGACACUGAACUAUGCUAACAUGACAGAGGUGCAACGCUGGAGUACAGGAGCCUCGAAACGCUUCUCUCACAGUGAUCUGGGAGAGUUGUACAAAAACGAGAGUGUUCAGAGGUAUCUGGAGCAGCUCAUGGAGGAGCACAGAGACCUGAGCAAGAAGUUACAGUAUGUUUACCUCAGCGAGUCAGACAGAAAAGUCCUCAUAAAGAAACACACAGAGCUGCUGCCUCUGGCUAAAGUGUUUGGGAGCAUUGAACAAGCCCUGAAAGACCUUGAGGAAGUGCGUUCACUUUUGCAUAGUUCAGCUGGCACCAAAGAUGAUGAGGAUGAGCACCUGGCCCAGCUGUUGAAAGAGGAGGAGGCAGAAAUCUCUAGCAAGAUUUUAGCCUUAAGGAUAGAUAUGAUCAAAGCUCUUGUCCCCACUGACCCUCUUGACUCGAGUAAUAUUCUGCUGGAGGUAGUAUCAGGACGAACAACAGGAGGUGACAUCUGUCAGCAGUUCACCAGAGAAAUGUUCGACAUGUACCAGGGUUUUGCCGAUUACAAAAAUUGGGACUUUGAGGUUUUAAACUACACACCUGCAGAGUAUGGUGGUUUGCACCAUGCAGCUGUCAGAAUCGCUGGAGAGAACGUGUACAGGCAUCUGAAGCAUGAAGGAGGAACACACCGGGUGCAGAGGAUCCCAGAGGUUGGCCUCUCCUCCAGGAUGCAGCGCAUCCACACGGGAACCAUGACUGUCAUCAUCCUGCCUCAGCCAGUGGAGUUUGACAUUCAGAUUGAUCCAAAAGAUCUUCGCAUCGACACGUUCAGAUCUCGAGGCGCUGGGGGCCAAAGUGUCAACACGACAGACAGUGCAGUGCGGAUAGUUCAUCUUCCCACAGGUGUAACCGCUGAGUGUCAGCAGACUCGCUCUCAGCUGCAAAACAGAGACACGGCCAUGCGUGUGCUGAGGGCCAGACUCUACCAGAGCAUGAUGGGAAAAGAGGCGGAGCAGAGGGAUACAGCGCGAAAGCAGCAGGUGGGCUCACGCUCUCAGUCGGAGAGGAUUCGUACCUACAACUUCAGCCAGGAUCGUGUCACAGAUCACCGCACUGGAUACGCCACCAGAGAUAUUAAGGAGUUCAUGAAAGGAGGAGAAGCUCUCGAUGAUCUGAUCUCUGACGUGCACGAACACACCGAGAGGGAGGCUCUGAUGGAGGCGGUGGAGAGCAGCAUCCGUCUGAAACGACCAGAUUCUGGACGAUCUGCAGAGUAACAGCCACCGCAACAUACAGCACAUCAUUUGGUGACUAGACACCUGAACAUUAAUGGUGCAGUUGUGUGUUAGCCGUACUGUAAAUGGUGCAAUGUAAGACAGCCUGCAGACAUAUUUAAGAGGCUUUUAUUUUUGUAAUAAAACUUAACUUCUAUCUUUCCUGUCAUAACAUUCCUCUAGGUAACACUACAGCUUUAGCAUGAGCAUUUUCAGGUUUUUAAUUUGACGCACCCAUUGUAAGUUCAAAGCUGCACAUACAAUUACAUUUUGCUGAAGCCAAAUACCGUAAUUUCCGGACUAUAAGCCGCUACUUUUUUCCUCACGCUUUGGACCCUGCGGCUUAUACAAAGAUGAAGCUAAUGUAUAGAUUUUUACGUGCAAGCUUCAUGCCAUCAUUAAGUUUAGCCUCGUCACAUCAGACCAAUAAAAUUACCAAACAGGUCACAGUGGACCAUUGACACUGUUCAAAUUAAAUCAAACACACACUAAAUUCUUCAGAUCAAUCAUUCUGCGCUUCAUGCACACACUCUCAUCAUGGAAAACACGAAGAAAUGCGUAUGACGCAGCUGCUGCCGGCCAAGCCUGCUCUCCUUUAACCUAGGCAGGUUACAGUGUGUGUGUGUGUGUGUGUGUGUGUGUGACGCGAGGAGGAGCGCUGCAGCUGUGUGUGUGUGUUGCAGACACGAGUGUGGAAACGGAGGCAGAGUGAAAUGCACCACGAUGAUAUACAGUACAAUACAAUACAAUAAAAACUUAGAGAUAAGUUUUAGCGCUAGCGCUAAGCUAAGCGCGCUAUCGCCAUCCGAGGCUGCCCAACCACGGUUCGACGGCCGGCAGAAUCGGGUUGGUAACAGCUUUUAAGUUAAAGGCAACUGAUCUGCCUGUCGAAGAAGGAAAUGGAGCUGCUGCCCGUUAGCUUGGCAUCAGUGAAUCAACAGUGAGACAUUGGAGUUGACAGCGUGAAAAAAGUAUGAAUUUAAUUACAAGUUAAAUAAAAUCUUUCUGUGUAAAUAUCUCAUGUUACAACGUGGACAUCCGCGGCUUAUAGUCAGGUGUGGCUUACAUAUGUACAAAACUUUUUUCUUUUUAAAUUUAGUGAGUGCAUCUUAUAUUCAGGUGCGCUCAAUAGUCUGGAAAUUACGGUGCUCUGUAUUCCAAUGUCUAAAUAUGUUAGUGUGAGCCUGGAGCUUCUACCGCACGCCAGUAAAACACUGGAAAGUACUGUAAACUUAACUUUUUAUAUUGAAUAUAAACAGAUGCCAGUGCUGUUUAUUGUCUGCAA